AUGGUGGAGGCAAGAAAGUACAUUUCGUCGCAAGAACUGAGCAAACACAAGCACAGAGGAGAUCUUUGGAUCUCAAUACACGGCAAGAUCUACAAUGUGUCUCAGUGGGCCAAACACAAUCACCCUGGCGGUGAGCUUCCAUUGCUGAACCUCGCUGGUCAAGAUGUCACCGAUGCUUUCCUUGCUUACCAUCCCCUCACCGCAUCCCAAUACCUUCCCAACUUUUUCACCGGUUAUUAUCUCGAAGAUUACUCUGUCUCCGAUGUAUCCAAAGAUUAUCGUGAACUCUUGUCCCACGUUACAACCAUGGGUCUGUUUCAAAACAAGGGACACGGCGCGUUAUUCACACUGUUGCUGAUGGCAAUUUUGUUUUGUGCCAGUGUUUAUGGUGUUUUUGGUUCUAGCAGCCCAUGGGUGCAUUUGGGUUGCGGUGGUUUAAUGGGGUUCUUCUGGAUUCAAAGUGGGUGGAUUGGACAUGACUCUGGUCACUACCAGAUUAUGACCAACAGGUGUUUCAAUCGCUUUGCUCAGAUCCUCUCUGGGAAUUGCCUUGCUGGGAUUAGUAUUGCGUGGUGGAAGUGGAACCACAAUGCUCACCACAUUGCUUGUAACAGUCUUGAUUUUGAUCCAGAUCUUCAGCACAUGCCCUUUUUUGUUGUAUCUUCCAAAUUUUUCAAUUCCAUUACUUCUUACUUCUAUGAUAGGAAGAUGAACUUUGAUUGUGUUUCUAGGUUCUUGGUUAGUUAUCAGCAUUGGACAUUUUAUCCUGUAAUGUGCUUUGCUAGAAUCAAUUUAUUUGCCCAAUCUUUCAGCUUACUUUUGUCCAAUAGAAAGGUACCCAAUAGGGGCCAGGAGCUUUUGGGGCUGCUUGUGUUUUGGAUUUGGUACCCUCUUCUGGUUUCCUGCUUACCCAAUUGGGGAGAAAGAAUAUUGUUUGUCAUUGCUAGUUUUGCUGUCACUGGGAUACAGCAUGUUCAGUUCUGUUUGAAUCAUUUCUCUUCUAGUGUUUAUGUUGGACCACCAAGUGCUGGUGAUUGGUGUGAGAAGCAGACUGGUGGGACGCUUGAUGUAAAGUGCUCAUCAUGGAUGGAUUGGUUUCAUGGUGGAUUGCAAUUUCAGGUGGAACAUCAUCUGUUUCCCAGGCUUCCCCGUGAUCAUCUUAGGAAAAUCUCCCCUUUGGUUAAGGAGCUCUGCAAGAAACAUAAUUUGCCUUACAACUGUGUCUCAUUCUGGAAAGCCAACGCAUUAACAAUUCAUACACUCCGGAAUGCAGCCUUGCAGGCUCGUGAUCUUACCAAUCCAAUUCCCAAAAACUUGGUUUGGGAAGCUAUUAAUACUCACGGAUGAAUGGAACUCGAGUGAAGCUUCCUUAGAUUUUGCUGUCAUUUAAAGAGCAUGAUAAAUUCCUUUGUUUCAGAGGGAAAAUAAUAUAUUUCCACAUUGCUUGGAGGCUUCAAUUACUCAUCACCUGAGCUGCAUGGUGGUAGAAUCAGCCAUUCUCCUUUAUCAAAAUAGGUGAGAAACUAAUGAUAUCGUUUAUCUGCAGGCUAAUAUGAGGGCUCAGCUCUUAUGCUAGACAGUGGAAUGCGAGUACCAUGUUGAUUAUUUAUUGUCUGCUUUAAUAGUUUAAUUUCAUUAUGAUGCCAUGAGUCUCUCUGCGUAGCCCUUUGUGUUAUGUCUGGGAAUUCAUUGUCAUUUAGAGCAAGGAGCGGAACAUUUGUCGGAUUCAAAUUUGCUGAAUGAUCCUCUAUUUGCCAUUGCCUGCUUCUUGUUCCUAUCAAUUUGGUUGAACUCUUUGUAAUUGUU